AUGUCUACUACAGAAUCUUCAGCACCUCGACGUUCCUCAAGGAUCUCAGCGCAACCGAAAGAGGAAGUGAAAACCACUGCCAAAACCAGGAAGCCUUCUGUGAAGCGAACAGCUGAGGCUGCAGCAGAGAAGACCACAGCGAAGAAGGCCAAAUCCAGUCCUGAACACGAAGAAAAUACUGAAGAUCAUGAUGCUUUGCCAAAGAUCGACCUUGGCGACGUCCUUCCGAGCAUCGUCCUGAAGAAUGAGGAAGAUGUAGACGUGGAUGUUACUGAUCUCGUGUCUGAAAAAGGUCUAGUGCUUUUCCUAGUCCCCAAGGCAGAUACUCCGGGUUGCACCAACCAAGCAUGCGGCUUCCGAGAUAUAUAUCCAGAUUUCACAUCACACAAUUUUGAGGUUUACUGCUUGAGCGCCGACUCGCCCGCGGCUCAAAACAAAUGGAAAACAAAGAAAGAGCUGCCGUACCCUCUACUUUCCGAUCCUAAACGCAAGUUGAUCACUGCUCUCGGUGCGGGCGAAGGGGGGAAGACCAAGCGAAGCCAUUUCAUCUUCGAGAAAGGUGGUAAACUAGUAGAUAAGAAGAUUCCGGUGAAGCCCGUUGAGAGCCCUGCGCUAGCGCUCGAAUUCGUCAAAAGCCUGUGA